AGAACCGAAAAUCAAAAGACAUAGAUAAUAAUGAAAGAGAAGGCAUCAUACGCAAUGAUUCACCAAUGCCUACAAGGUCAUCAUUUGUGCAAAAUCCUGUAGAUCAUCUAGAAUAUCUUGCGGCGCAAGAAGAAUAUGCACCUCCACAAACUCCAAGACAACAUGAUUCUGAACCUUCCGACCAUCAGUAUCAAUAUGUCGGAUUAUCUUCACUUGGACAAUAUCCUAUAUACCUGUCAAAUUUGGAGAUGACGGAACAAUAUAAUAACGUUUCUAAUGAAUAUAUAACAGAGUCAAAUAUACCACAAGAAAUAGAAACAUCAUUACCUUUAUCUCCUUUGGACGAGGUUCAGACCAACUUGAAAACAGUUACUUUACAUCAGAUAACAUAUGCUCAUAGUCCACAAUUUCAAAAUGCUAUUAUUGAAGUUACCGAAGACGCUACACAACAACAAGAACAUUUAAAUCCAACAUUACCAAGU